GUCUAAAAAAGACAAAUCUAAAACAGGAGUAAAACCAGAUACUUCUGAUCAAGAACCAGAGGGACUGACGCUUUUGGUACCAGACAUCCAAAAGACUGCGGAGAUAGUUUAUGCUGCUACCACCAGUUUGCGCCAAGCAAACCAAGAAAAGAAGAUGGCUGAAUACUCCAAAAAGGCUGCUGUGAAGCCCAAGCCUUUGUCUGUUUUACGGUCUCUUGAAGAAAAGUAUGUGGCUGUCAUGAAAAAACUCCAGUUUGAUACAUUUGAAAUGGUUUCUGAAGAUGAUGACGGAAAAUUGGUUUUCAAAGUGAAUUACCACUACAUGUCUCAGGUAAAAAAUGCAAGUGACGCCAACAGUGCUGCCAGAGCCCGACGUCUUGCUCAAGAAGCUGUGACUCUUUCAACAUCGCUGCCUCUGUCAUCUUCAUCCAGCGUUUUUGUACGUUGUGAUGAGGAGCGGCUUGACAUUAUGAAGGUUCUCAUUACUGGUCCUGCAGACACCCCUUACGCAAAUGGUUGCUUUGAAUUUGAUGUAUAUUUUCCACAAGACUAUCCUAAUUCCCCUCCACUUGUGAAUCUGGAAACAACUGGAGGCCACAGCGUGAGAUUUAAUCCAAACCUCUACAAUGAUGGCAAG